ACAAAAACGCUCAUAGAAAAAAAACCUGUAUGUGUCAGUGAUGCCGUCAUUUCUUUAACGUUUAUUAUUAAAAACUGAGGGCCAAAGGAGGAUUAUUUGGAUUUUUUUUUAAACCAAUCGCUUCGUCUUGAAGCGAUCUCAGGACAUCCGAAAUGUCAGCCAGCGCAGUUUAUGUGUUAGAUCUGAAAGGCAAGGUCCUAAUUUGCCGUAACUACCGCGGUGAUGUGGACAUGUCUGAGAUCGAGCACUUCAUGACGCUGCUGAUGGAUAAGGAGGAGGAGGGCACUCUGUCUCCCAUCCUGGCUCAUGGAGGAGUGCGCUUCAUGUGGAUCAAACACAACAAUCUUUACCUUGUUGCGACCUCUAAGAAAAAUGCCUGCGUCUCUUUGGUUUUCUCUUUCCUGUAUAAAAUCGUGCAGGUUUUCUCUGAGUAUUUUAAGGAGCUGGAGGAGGAGAGCAUCCGAGAUAACUUUGUCAUCAUUUACGAGCUGCUGGACGAGCUCAUGGAUUUCGGCUAUCCGCAGACGACCGACAGCAAAAUCCUGCAGGAAUACAUCACACAAGAGGGGCACAAGUUAGACACAGGAGCGCCACGCCCACCCGCCACGGUCACCAAUGCCGUGUCCUGGAGGUCAGAGGGCAUCAAGUACAGGAAGAACGAGGUUUUCCUGGACGUCAUCGAGUCCGUUAAUCUUCUGGUCAGUGCCAAUGGAAACGUCCUCCGCAGCGAAAUCGUGGGCUCCAUAAAGAUGCGAGUGUUUCUUUCAGGCAUGCCCGAGCUGCGUCUGGGCCUUAACGACAAGGUCCUGUUCGAAAACACUGGACGAGGGAAGAGCAAGUCUGUAGAGCUGGAGGACGUGAAGUUCCACCAGUGCGUACGGCUGUCCCGCUUUGAGAACGACCGCACCAUCUCCUUCAUCCCUCCAGACGGGGAGUUUGAGCUCAUGUCGUACCGUCUUAACACACACGUGAAGCCCCUGAUCUGGAUCGAGUCUGUGAUUGAGAAGCAUUCACACAGCAGAAUCGAGUACAUGAUAAAGGCCAAAUCUCAAUUUAAACGGCGCUCUACAGCCAACAACGUGGAGAUCCAUAUCCCAGUGCCCACAGACGCAGACUCGCCCAAGUUUAAGACCACAGUGGGGAGCGUGAAGUGGGUCCCUGAGAACAGCGAAAUUGUCUGGUCCAUUAAAUCUUUCCCUGGAGGUAAGGAAUACCUGAUGAGAGCACACUUUGGUCUGCCUAGUGUGGAAGCUGAGGAUAAAGAGGGAAAGCCACCAAUUAGUGUGAAGUUUGAGAUCCCCUACUUCACCACCUCUGGAAUUCAGGUACGUUACCUGAAGAUCAUCGAGAAGAGCGGAUACCAAGCUCUCCCAUGGGUACGAUACAUCACCCAGAAUGGAGACUAUCAGCUCCGGACUCAGUAGUAGAACGUCACUCGUCUGCUGCUGUCUGACCCACGUGGACUUGGAUCUGUGUGUGUGUGUGUGUGUGUGUGUGUCUCUCUCUCUCUCUCUCUCUCUCUCUCUCUCUCUCUCUCUGCAAAGUUUGAAAUGACUAAAACUGGUAUCAUGAUAUAGACCUACACGGACGGCUUAUCCAACACACCUGCUCAUUAGGAGCGCUUUCAAAUUACACUUUUGAAUCCUGUUACUGAUUGAUUCAUACGUAAAUUUAAUUUAAGUUAAUGAUUUACGGAGUAAAGUAUUAAGCUAAUCUGAAGUCUCUGAAACGCUGCAGAUGUGUAUCUCAGGCCUGCUCUAGCGCAGACCGUGGGGUUUUUUUGGUUUUUUUCCCUCCCCCUCUCCUCCUUGUGGACCAUCGGUGUCUUUCUGUAUGUUUAUAUGUUCAGAGAUAUUCCUUCUGUUUAUAGUCAAUGGCAGGAAAUCCAUUUUCAUCAUAACCAGUUUAAAACAAUCCUCAGUAGUGUUUCGGUGUAUUAUGUUGGCUGUGUUGAUUAUGUACUGUUUACUAACAGAGGUGGACAAAUCACAAAUUCGUUAACUAGCCCAUCGGACAAGUAAACGCUCUCGUGUGCUGCCCAGGCUUGUAUUUUCGUUGCCCGGAAAACUGAUUGACUGACUAAAGCUGAAAAAGUGGCAUCACUGUAAGCUGGUUAAGUGUAUUAAUACCGGUAUAGACUAUUGUUAACAAACAUUAUCAGUUUUGCACGUUGUUUUUGCAACCAGACAAAAAGUUAGCGAGGCAUUAUGUACGAGAUAUAAUGAUCGGUCCUCGCGUUACGCCGUUUGCCAGAUCGCUCUUCAGCCGAUGUGUGUAGUGCGGCAGGUGGUCGGGUUUUGAAGUAAAUGUGACGGUUACAACAUUUAAGAUGUUUGCACUACAGCAAGCAGUGAAGUUUAAAGAUAUUUACCAAAUAUAAGUAUCCCCCCCGCAAGUUUUUAAACCUACUUCUCUGCUGGGCAACUAUGAAUAAACGAAUAAAGCCUGGGUUUGUACUUGACGUGUGACCUUUUUUUGUGCAUGGCAUGUCCGAGCUGAAACGUCCCCGUCCUACGGGAUUCCAAGUCAAACUGUAAAAUGUUGAACGUUAAUUUUAUGUAUGUACAGCAUGUUAAACGGACAGACGAGCUCGGUUCCACUGAACUUUUCACCGUCGUCGUGAUGGUCGUCAUUAGCCGCGUCUCAAAUCGACUUUAGAUUCAAAAGUAUUUACUAAUCGGGAAAAGCCAAUAGGCUGGACCAUUCAGUAGGCUUCGUGAGAGCAUUUUAAAAUUAAAACACUCGGCGUAAUAAGAAAAGCAGACUCAGUAACUGUGUAGAGCAGUAUGUAUAUGAUUUGUGGUGAUGCGAUGAUGCUAGGUUUUGUUUUUAAGUUAGUAGCGAAUGCAGUGUCACAUGGUGCUAUUCCGCCUCAGCUAUUUACAACGCAGACAUUGAUUUCUGAGGACGUGCGCAGGCGACUGCAGGACACGUAGCAGCCAUCUUGCGCAUAUAAUAUUAUAUAUAAAGCACGUAUGAUUCCGCCUUUACAGCCCGAACGUGAAAUUUGCUUGUCCUGUCUGUCCAGGCGAGUGAUUUGUCCACCCCUGAUUUAAGCACAUUUGAGAAAUUCUUCGUCACCGAUGCUUAAACUCCGCAUAGAGACAGUAUUUUGGUUUAAAAGUCAUUUUAAAGGCCAUCGUUUAGUGUUAGUUACAACACGAGUCAUGAACCUCACAGGUCAAUAAUUUCCUUCACUGUUAUAUUCUCUUGAUUGUAUUUUCAUCCAUCGAUUGUAUACAAUUUUCUGUGUUUUAUUAGGUGUUUUUACAAUGUCAGCCUUUUUUUUUUUUUUUCCAGUAUUAGCAAAUGAGUAGAGCUCAAGAUGUUGGUAUCUUAAUGAUAUCACACUCAUGUUUACCACAAAGCUUGUAUUAUAACGAUGAUGAUGAUGAUGAGGCCAUUGCAAAACCAAAAAUGGUGCUCGCUGCCAUUGCAAGCAACAACAAAACCUGCUCCUCACAUUGUGCCAUGUAGGCUGUAUUAUUAAUUUAAACCUCUGUACACUCUGUUACAACUUAGCAGCAUACGUUACAUGUACAUGUGUUUCUCUGUUGUGAACCCGAUCUGAUUAGUGGGAAGAAGUUUCACUAUCAUGACGAUGCACGAUCUGUACGGUUAGCGAUGGUGCGAGCCACGUACGUACAUGCAUUCUCUUGAAAAUUUCAUGUCCCUUCUCAAAACAAAAUGAAGUUCCUCUUUUUUCAACA